AACCAAAACCGAUGCAUAUUAAAAUAGAACACACUCACACACUAGAGCCUAUAGGCGUUUAAGUAACCAGACCAACCUUUCUACGCGCCUGAUUAAUUAAAUGGGGGAUGUGUUAGACGGAUUGUAGUGUAGUGAAUAGGGUGAGACCAAGAACAAAAUAAGGGGGAGAAAUGAACAGUGUCUCAUAGGUGAAACUGGGGUUGAAAAGCAAAAAUCAUUGGUGGGUUGCGUGGGUACACCAGAGAGAAGGGUCCCAACAUGACCUUCUAUAAGGGCAGGGUGCCCCAUCUCUACUGUGGGUCCUUCAUCUCUCUCAAUGGUUAUAAGUGCACUCUGUGCAAGUCAUUAUGCAAAGCAUUGAUAGCAUACAAAAUGCCUCAAUGUGCAAUUCCCUCCUCUCCUUCCCCUUUAUAGCAAUUCCCAUCUCUUUUCCUCUCAUUAAUCUUUCUCAAUUUGGCGCAGAAAAGCUGUUUGUGUUAAGUCCUCUGAGGAAAAAGACACCGUGUUUUUACCAUAUAUCUAGCUAUGAGUGAACCUCAAAAUUCUGAGACGGAAAGUUGCGCAAACUCAUUUCCAUCGUCACCCUCGUCAGGCGGGUCCAAUCAAUUAACGAAAACCCCAAAUGUACAGGACCCGAAAAGGAUCAAAAGAAACCGGGACUCGAGCAAGCACCCGGUGUACCGUGGGGUCCGAAUGAGAAAUUGGGGCAAGUGGGUCUCCGAGAUUCGUGAGCCACGCAAGAAGUCACGCAUUUGGUUAGGUACCUUCCCUACUCCAGAGAUGGCUGCGAGAGCGCAUGAUGUUGCCGCUUUAAGCAUAAAGGGGAACUCAGCGAUUCUUAAUUUCCCUGAGCUUGUUGACUCGCUGCCUCGCCCGGCCUCUCUCGCUCCCAGGGACGUUCAGGCUGCGGCCUUAAAGGCUGCACAGAUGGAUGAAUUAGUGGUGUCUCCUUCGCCGUCCUCGUCGAGUUCAUCGUCGUUGUCGUCAAUAGUUUCUGCACUGGAAUUGUCACCUGGGUCAGAGGAAUUGAGCGAGAUUGUUGAGUUGCCGAGGCUGGGGACGAGUUACAAUGACCCGGACGAGUUGAGGAGCGAUUUGGAGGGGUGGUUGUAUCCUCCUCCACCGUGGUUGCAGAGUGCGGAGAAUACAGAGUAUGUCUGUGGCCAGUCAACGCUAGUGCCGGAGAGUUUUUUACCGUACAGCUUUGACCAAGGUCUAUUGUGGGAUUUCUAGUGUGUGAGGUUUGUGAAUGCAUGUGUCCUCCUCCUCUUCUUCCUUCUUCUGCUUCUGAUGAAGUUGUUUGUUUCUGAAGGGAAGGAUUUUAGCCUUCAUGUUUGUUUUUUUUUUAACUUUGAAGGUCUAAAUAUCCAUUUUUUAUCCGUCUCUUUCUGUGUCUGUUUGUGAUUGUACAUGUACCGUCUUGAAUGAAUUAUGAAUCUAAACUCUCUACAGUGUACAUUCGAAUUGCCA